UUUGAUUGACAGUUGAACUCGGGUCAGCGGGCAAAUUUGGACUCGGGUCAUCAGGGACAUUUGGACUCGGGUCCGUUGCUACUUUUCUUUUUUCCUCACAUUCACACUCACACAGUCAGAGUUCACUCACCCACGGACUUAUAUUCAAAGGAGCUUCUCAGGCGAAAGACAGAGAGAAAGUAAACCCUCUCUUCACUGAGUCAGCGAGCGAGUUCGAAUGGCCGAUCCUCUGGAGAGGCUGGGAUCGGAGGCCAUAGGGCUUGAAUCGAGCAUCAAGGACGACCUCUCCAUGGAGAUCGAUCCUCCUUUCAAAGAGAACACGGCCACAGCCGACGACUGGAGAAAGGCGCUCAGCAAGGUCGUCCCAGCCGUCGUCGUUUUGAGGACAACGGCGUGUCGUGCCUUCGACACUGAGGCCGCUGGUGCUAGCUAUGCCACCGGCUUUGUCGUCGAUAAGCGCCGCGGGAUCAUCCUCACCAAUCGCCAUGUUGUCAAGCCUGGACCUGUAGUUGCAGAAGCCAUGUUUGUGAACCGUGAAGAAGUUCCAGUAUACCCUAUAUAUAGGGAUCCGGUACAUGAUUUUGGCUUCUUUUGUUAUGAUCCUGGUGCAAUACAGUUUCUUAAUUAUGAAGAGAUUCCUCUGGCCCCUGAGGCUGCUUGUGUUGGUCUAGAAAUCAGGGUUGUCGGUAACGAUAGUGGUGAAAAGGUUUCUAUUUUAGCUGGUACUCUUGCUCGUUUGGAUAGGGAUGCUCCUCAUUACAAAAAGGAUGGUUACAAUGACUUCAAUACAUUCUACAUGCAAGCUGCAUCUGGCACAAAAGGUGGUUCCAGUGGAUCUCCUGUGGUUGAUUGGUUAGGCAGGGCAGUGGCCUUGAAUGCUGGUAGCAAGUCAUCAAGCGCUUCAGCUUUUUUCUUACCCUUAGAACGAGUUGUGAGGGCAUUGAAGUUUCUCCAGAAAGGCAGAGAUUCCUUUGUCAAUAAAUGGGAGGCAGUCUCUAUACCUCGUGGUACGCUUCAGGUGACUUUUGUCCAUAAAGGAUUUGAUGAGACACGCCGACUUGGCCUUCAGAGUGAAACAGAGCAGUUAGUUCGUCAUGCAUCUCCCCUGGGUGAAACUGGGAUGCUUGUUGUUGAGAAUGUGGUACCUGGUGGUCCAGCUUACAAGUGUUUGGAGCCAGGUGAUGUUCUUGUUUGCAUGAAUGGGGAAGUAAUUACCCAAUUCCUGAAAAUGGAGACCUUACUUGAUGACAGUGUUAAUCAAAAGAUUGAAAUGCAAAUUGAAAGGGGUGGCAAACCAUUAACUGUAGAUUUGGUGGUGCAGGAUUUACACUCAAUAACCCCUAAUUACUUCUUAGAAGUAAGUGGUGCAGUGAUACACCCUCUCUCCUACCAACAGGCUAGAAAUUUUCGUUUCCAUUGUGGCCUUGUGUAUGUGUCAGAACCAGGAUAUAUGCUCUUUAGAGCUGGAGUUCCUCGCCAUGCUAUCAUUAAGAAGUUUGCUGGUGAGGAAAUAUCACGACUUGAGGAUCUAAUUUCAGUUCUAUGCAAGCUAUCUCGGGGUGCUCGAGUGCCAUUAGAGUAUAUAAGCUACAUGGAUCGUCAUCGAAGGAAGUCAGUCCUGGUCACGGUUGAUCGCCAUGAAUGGUAUGCCCCUCCACAGAUAUACACACGUGAUGAUUGUACGGGCCUUUGGACUGCCAAGCCUGCUUUUCAACCUGAUGCUAUUCUGCUAUCAUCUGGUAUCAAUGGUCACAGAGGUACAGGAAGCCAAGCAGGUCCUCUAAGUAGUGAGGUCAUUUCUGUGGGACACAUACAUCGCGAUAGCCAUGAGGAAUUGACUGAUGGCGUCGCUAGUAUGGAAACCAGUUAUGAGCAUGCUUCUGAAGGAGCACAUUCUCGGGAUGAAUUUGAUGCUGGAACAAAGAAGCGGCGAGUGAAGGAGAAUUUUUCAUCUGAUGGAAGUGUUGUUGCUGACUGUUCUUUUCCCGAAACAAAUGAAGGUAACCUGGAGGAUCCAAAUACCAUGGAGAAUGCUGUUAUGGGAGAUUUUCAAGCUGCAAAUGUAGCAACUGCUAAUGCUUCAUUAGCUGAACGUGCUAUAGAGCCGACUCUCGUUAUGCUUGAGGUUCAUGUACCACCAUCUUGUAUGCUCGAUGGUGUACAUUCACAACAUUUUUUUGGGACUGGUGUAAUUAUCUAUCAUUCUCAAAACAUGGGAUUGGUUGCUGUUGACAAGAACACAGUUGCAAUAUCUGCAUCUGACGUGAUGCUAUCGUUCGCUGCUUUUCCAAUUGAAAUUCCAGGCGAGGUGGUUUUUCUCCACCCUGUUCACAAUUAUGCUCUCAUUUCAUAUGAUCCCUUGGCCCUGGGAGCUGUUGGUACCUCUGUUGUUCGUGCUGCUGAACUACUUCCUGAUCCUGCGUUACGUCGUGGGGAUUCUGUGUAUCUUGUGGGGUUAAGUAGAAGCCUACAAGCAACAUCUAGAAAGUCCACUGUGACCAACCCUUGUGCUGCAUUAAAUAUUGGCUCCGCUGAUUGUCCACGGUACAGAGCAACCAAUAUGGAAGUCAUCGAGCUUGAUACUGAUUUUGGUAGUACAUUUUCUGGUGUGCUAACUGAUGAGCAUGGAAGGGUCCAAGCCAUCUGGGGUAGCUUUUCAACUCAGCUGAAAUUUGGUUGCAGUAGCUCAGAAGAUCAUCAAUUUGUUAGAGGCAUCCCAAUUUAUGCAAUCAGCCAAGUCCUAGAAAAAAUCAUUUCUGGUGCUCAAGGCCCUCCUCUUCUCAUAAAUCGUGUCAAAAGGCCAAUGCCUCUAGUAAGAAUUUUAGAGGUCGAACUAUAUCCUACAUUGCUUUCAAAAGCCCGAAGUUUUGGUCUGAGUGAUGAUUGGGUCCAAGCUCUUGUCAAGAAAGAUCCAAUUAGACGACAAGUUUUACGUGUCAAAGGAUGUUUAGCUGGAUCUAAAGCUGAAAAUCUGUUAGAGCAGGGAGACAUGGUUUUGGCAAUCAAUAAGGAACCAGUUACAUGUUUCCGUGAUGUGGAAAAUGUCUGCCAAGCAUUAGACAAAAAUGAAAACAAAGAUGGCAAGCUUGACAUGACCAUUUUUCGGCAGGGACGUGAAAUUGAUCUUCUUGUGGGAACUGAUGUUAGGGAUGGGAGUGGUACUACUCGUGUAGUAAAUUGGUGUGGGUGUAUCGUUCAGGAUCCACAUCCGGCAGUGCGUGCUCUUGGGUUUCUUCCAGAAGAAGGUCAUGGCGUAUAUGUGGCAAGGUGGUGUCAUGGUAGUCCAGUGCAUAGGUAUGGUCUAUAUGCUCUUCAGUGGAUAGUUGAAGUCAAUGGAAAACAGACUCCUGAUUUAGAUGCUUUUGUGAAUGUAACAAAGGAAUUAGAACAUGGACAGUUUGUUCGUGUGAGGACAGUUCACCUAAACGGAAAGCCUAGAGUUCUAACAUUGAAGCAGGACUUGCACUACUGGCCCACAUGGGAGCUGAGAUUUGAUCCUGAUUCUGCUAUGUGGUGCCGAAGGACAAUUAAGGCACUAGAUUAUACUGGCAUAUAAACAAUGCGUGUUCGUCUCGCGACACAGUUAGCGUUGGAAGCAGGAGGUAGAAAUGCUUAAAAAGUUUCAGAAGCCCCUACAGGUCAGGGUUUCAGCACCUUGGCUCUUGGGCAUCAUACAUGGAGUUUAUUAUAUUCAGGCAGACAGCUAUCUGCAUUAUCUAUUCAAUCAUUGUUUUUAGGGGUUGGUUAUAGACUGGAACGAUACCUAUAGAUGUGAUGUGAAUUUGUUUAAGUGAAGAAAAUAAAGGAAAAAUGGAAAUUUGAUGUCACACAGCAUUUGAUAA